AUGCACACCGCCGCUACUUUCACAGCAGCAGCUGCUGCAUUCCUAGCCAUGACUGUAGCAGGCCAAACCACAUCAUCAGACAGCACCACCCAGUCGCUGUCUACCACUGCCGCACCUUCAGCAUCCAGCGGUAGUACCUAUAUUGCGCUCUUUGAGGCCGGCUACUCAACGACAUUAAACGCCAGCAACCUGGCAGGCAGUAUCAUCAGUGCCAAUGCAGACGCCACCACAAUUGCCCUGAACUGCAUUGAAAUCAACUCGGAGUGCAACGGAGAAACCAUCACCUUGACCCAAGGGCCCUCUACAUGGGUUGUCGACUACAGCACGCAGUUGUCCAAAAAUAAUGUCGAAGUCACACUCACACUCGAUACGGACUGCAAUAUCGUUUCUAGCACAGCAGCUGCCACAUGCACCGUCACUGAGAUUGCCAGAGUCUCGGCAGACGGUGAAAGCAGUGCUUCCACAUUCUCAACCACCGAAACCUUCGCUAGUUCCCAAAUCUAUUACGAUCAACUCCUGAUUACUGCCGGUGUCGACAAGUUAACCAGUCCUCAGGCUACUAAGACUCCUUCCAGUGCUGCAGGUGUUGUCGCUGCUCCUCUGCCCACUGGAAAUGUUGGAAUGGGCGUUGGCGGAAUGGCAGCUGCGGCCAUGGUCGCUGUUGCUGGAAUGCUUUAA